AUGUCUGGGAGGAAGAAGACGCGUGAGCCCAAGGAGGAGAACGUGACGCUUGGCCCCACCGUCCGCGAGGGUGAACACGUCUUCGGCGUCGCCCACAUCUUCGCGUCAUUCAAUGACACAUUCAUCCAUGUGACGGAUCUGUCUGGAAGGGAGACGCUCGUCCGCAUCACUGGUGGCAUGAAGGUUAAAGCUGAUCGUGAUGAGUCCUCACCUUAUGCUGCUAUGCUUGCCUCACAGGAUGUUGCACAAAGAUGCAAGGAGCUUGGAAUUACUGCAUUGCACAUUAAACUCCGUGCUACUGGUGGAAACAAGACCAAAACCCCUGGCCCUGGUGCUCAGUCUGCCCUUAGAGCCCUUGCUCGAUCUGGCAUGAAGAUUGGCCGUAUUGAGGAUGUUACUCCAGUCCCCACUGACAGCACUCGCAGAAAGGGUGGUAGGAGAGGAAGGAGGCUGUAA